AACAACUGUUCAAAAGAGUACAGGUCAAUAUUAGGGUUAUACAUCCUACAAAUAUCCAUAGAGAAACCUCAUAUUACGAUGACAUUUAUAAACAAUCGAUAUUGUUACGGGUGUCUUAACAUAUUCAACCAAACGUAUCCAAAAGUACUUUUAUUAAUGAUGACAUUAAAACCGAAACACACCAUUGUCCCUAGGUAUCGACCACAACUCAGAUAAAAUAGGCCAUUGGAAACCUGUUCUACAGGGCAUUCAAAUAUUCACCACACCUGACCGCCACUAUUGUAGUCGGGGUCACAACCGAAUUCUUUACCAGUGUUGGAUGUAGGAAAACUCGGAACCAACGAAGAAAAGGGAAAGGAACGGCUGUCUUACAUCUAAGAGAUACGGGGAAACCUGAAGGAUCAUUAUGAUUUAUUUUUUAAAAAACAACAAGUGGUCCCUAACCUGUGGAAAGAAAACUGUGAUACGUUUGUCAAUAGCUUGUGCUUUUGUGUAUGGUUUCUUAACUUACACUGUUAUGCUUGGUCACCCAAAGGAAACUAUAAAAUCAUCUGAAGACCGAACUCCGUUAUCGAAUCUGAAUAGCCAUCCUCAUGUUGUUCUAGGGAUGCUAACACCACAUACCAAUACAAAAUUUAGAGACGCGCAGCGAUCGACCUGGAUAUCUACUAUCCUACGCUUGGAACUUCCGUUUAGAAUUACCUACAAGUUUCUGAUCGAUCGACCAACCAAUGACACCAUUUUAGAAAAUAAAAUGUAUGACGACAUUGUUUUUCUAAAUGCAACCAGCCAAGGACGAGGUGUAAAAUUUGGAGAGAAAAUGUACUUGUGGUUCAAAUACAUAUAUGAAAACUUCCCUGAUGCUCUGCUUGGUGGCAAAGUAGAUGAUGACGUUUUUCUGUGCGUCCCGCAGAUUUUUACUAGACUUGAUGAAAUGAAAUCAACAAAAUUAUACUAUGGAUGGUCACAUGGUUCAGGUAAAAAAGUAAAUACAGACACACGAAUGGAUGAAAUGUUUGUAGUUCUUGGUAGAGAUUUGAUAGAAAGAAUCGCAAAGCGUAGCUAUUGUACAGGAACGAAAUGCAACGCUAAUGUAGAUUUAAUAGAUACCAACUUUGGAGGGACAUCUAUAGGAUCUUGGCUGUCGAUAUACAAGGAUAUAGAUUACCAAGCAGAUAACAAAAGGAUUGUCCACAUGGGCCGUGGAAAUGAAGCAAAGAUAUUAACAUAUAUAAAGCCGGAUUUCUGUUCAAAAUAUAUCCUAAACCAUAAAUCAUCUGUGGAAAUUAUGAAACAACUUCAAGAGUACAAUAACCCUGGAUCAGCCAUUUCUUCACUUGACCGAUUCGUUGGUGCCGUGACAGGGUCAAUGUUUUCAGGUGAUGUUGUGAGGACAGUUGUACCACAGUCGUUAUCAAAUCCAUACAAAACUUUGGCAGUCAUGGACAAGAUGCCUGCGUGCGAUAACUGGGCUGUUGUCACAACCAUUUUUGCUCCUUCCAAAGCUGUAAAAGACAUAGCAUCUCUUUCCAAUUGGUGCUUAGUGAUAGUAGCCGACAAGAAAACACCACAGGAGGAAAUAUACUUUUCUAAAAUGGGAAUGAACCAAACAACUGCAAAAGGAAUCAAAUAUCUUUCCGUGAAAGAACAAAGGGACUUAUAUCCCCUGUUAUCGGACGUCAUACCACUCAAUCACUUCGGAAGGAAAAAUAUAGGAUACAUGUACGCUAUCCAUCACAAAGCUAAAUAUAUCUGGGAUUUCGAUGAUGACAAUGACGGAACUAUUGAUUUAAAUGAUUUCAAAACAGAUGUUCCUUUCCAUUACGUCACACUUUGCGAAGGUAAACAAUACACACUUGUGAACCCUUAUCCCUAUUUUGGUGUUGAAGAAACUUACACCUGGCCAAGAGGCUUUCCAUUGCAGGAUAUUAAAAACAAAACGACAUUACCUAUACUGUGUAAUUCAACAGAUCCCAUUCAGCUUGGUGUAGUGCAAUCGUUGGCAAAUCAACAACCGGAUAUUGAUGCUGUUUAUAGAAUGACGCGCGACGCCCCUUUUAACUUUCGCGCUGCACAAAAGACCCAUCGGCCUUUCGUUGUGCCUGGAAAUACGUAUGCACCAUUUAAUGCCCAGGCCACUUUAUGGUUAACCCCGGCGUUUCCCUAUCUAGCGUUACCUAUCAGUGUGAAUGGACGUGUCAGUGAUAUCUGGAGAAGUUACAUAGCGCAAUAUUUUCUUCAUAGACAAAACGUUCGCUUAGCUUUUUCACCACCUUAUGUGACACAAGAAAGAAAUGCUCAUAAUAGCUUGAGAGAUUUUAACGCAGAAUUAGAUAUAUACCAAAAGGUUCAACAAUUAGUAAGUUUUCUUUCAUCUGAACAAUCCAGUAAUCAGUUAAAUAUUGUUGAGUUGUACAAAAGUUUAUAUAUGAGAAAAUAUUUAGAAGAAUUAGAUAUUCGAUUUGUUGAGGCAUGGACGAAGACAUUGGAAAGCAUAGGUUAAAAUUAUGUUAUUUCAAAACUUACAAAAUAAUGAAAUCCAUUUCUGUCAUCGUUUACUCCUCUCUACUUGAUGUAUCAUCACUUAUUUACCAACCAAUGUAUAUGAUAACGAAACAUAAAAAAGACAUGGAUCAAUACCUUACCUUCCAAACAUACAGUCACAUGUAACAUACACCAGGGUCUACAGGGGUAAGCUAUAUAAGAACAUACUAGGGUCUACAAAGUUUAAGUUAUAUAAACAUACUAGGGUCUACAGGAGGGUUACAUUCUAUAAGAACACACUAGGGUCUAAAGGGGUAAGUUAUGUAAGAACAUACUAGGGUCUACAGGAGGGUUAAAUUCUAUAAGAACACAAGGGUCUAAAGGGAUAAGUUAUGUAAGAACACUAGGGUCUACAUGGGGGUUAAAUUCUAUAAGAACACACAAGGGUCUAAAGGGGUAAAUUAUGUAAGAACACUAGGGUCUGCAGGGGUAAGUUAUAUAAGAGCAUACUAGGGUCUACAGGAGGGUUAAAUUCUAUAAGAACACACAAGGGUCUACAGGGUAAGUUAUAUAACAACAUACUAGGGUCUACAGGGGUGAGUUAUGUAAGAACACACUAGGGUAUACAGGGGUAAAUUAUGUAAGAACACACUAGGGUAUACAGGGAUUAGUUAUAUAAGAACGCUCUAGGGUCUACAGGGGUAAAUUAUGUAAGAACACUAGGGUCUGCAGGGGUAAGUUAUAUAAGAACAUACUAGGGUCUACAGGAGGGUUAAAUUCUAUAAGAACACACAAGGGUCUACAAGGGUAAGUUAUAUAACAACAUACUAGGGUAUACAGAGGGUACGUAAUAUAACAACAUACUAGGGUCUACAGGGGUGAGUUAUGUAAUAACACACUAGGGUAUACAGGGGUAAAUUAUGUAAGAACACACUAGGGUAUACAGGGGUUAGUUAUAUAAGAACGCUGUAGGGUCUACAGGGGUAAGUUAUGUAAGAACACUAGGGUCUACAGGGGGUAAGUAAUAUAAGAACAUACUAGGGUCUACAGGAGAGUUUAAUUCUAUAAGAACACACAAGGGUCUACAGGGGUAAGUUAUAUAACAACAUACUAGGGUAUACAGGGGGUACGUUAUAUAACAACAUACUAGGGUCUACAGGGGUUAGUUAUGUAAGAACACUAGGGUCUACAGGGGUAAGUUAUAUAAGAACAUACUAGGGUCUACAUGGGGUAAGGUAUAUAAGAACACUCUGGAGUCUACAGGGGUUAGUUAUAGAAGAACACUAGGGUCUACAGGGGUUAGUUAUAUAAGAACACUAGGGUCUACAGGGGGUAAGUAAUAUAAGAACACUAGGGUCUACAGGGGUAAGUUAUAUAAGAACAUACUAGGGUCUACAUGGGGUAAGGUAUAUAAGAACACUCUGGAGUCUACAGGGGUUAGUUAUAGAAGAACACUAGGGUCUACAGGGGUUAGUUAUAUAAGAACAUACUAGGGUCUACAUGGGGUAAGUAAUAUAAGAACAUACUAGGGUCUACAUGGGGUAAGUAAUAUAAGAACAUACUAGGGUCUACAGGGGUUAGUUAUGUAAGAACACACUAUGGUCUACAUGGGGUAAGUAAUAUAAGAACAUACUAGGGUCUACAUGGGGUUAGUUAUAUAAGAACACACUAGGGUCUACAGGGGUUAGUUAUAUAAGAACACUCUAGGGUCUACAGGGGUAAGUUAUAUAAGAACACACUAGGGUCUACAUGGGGUAAGGUAUAUAAGAACAUACUAGGGUCUACAUGGGGUUAGUUAUAUAAGAACACACUAGGGUCUACAGGGGUUAGUUAUAUAAGAACACUCUAGGGUCUACAGGGGUAAGUUAUAUAAGAACACACUAGGGUCUACAGGGGUUAGUUAUGUAAGAACACACUAUGGUCUACAGGGGUAAGUUAUAUAAGAACAUACUAGGGUCUACAGGGGUUAGUUAUGUAAGAACACACUAUGGUCUACAGGGUAAGUUAUGUAAGAACACUAGGGUCUACAGAGGGUAAGUUAUAUAAGAACAUACUAGGGUCUACAUGGGUUAGUUAUAUAAGAACACUCUAGGGUCUACAGGGGGUAAGUAAUACAAGAACACUCUAGGGUCUACAGGGGUUAGUUAUAUAAGAACACACUAGGGUCUACAUGGGGUAAGGUACAUGUAUAUAAGAACAUACUAGGGUCUACAUGGGGUUAGUUAUAUAAGAACACACUAGGGUCUACAGGGGUUAGUUAUAUAAGAACACUCUAGGGUCUACAGGGGUAAGUUAUAUAAGAACACACUAGGGUCUACAGGGGUUAGUUAUGUAAGAACACACUAUGGUCUACAGGGGUAAGUUAUAUAAGAACAUACUAGGGUCUACAGGGGUUAGUUAUGUAAGAACACACUAUGGUCUACAGGGUAAGUUAUGUAAGAACACUCUAGGGUCUACAGAGGGUAAGUUAUAUAAGAACAUACUAGGGUCUACAUGGGUUAGUUAUAUAAGAACACUAUGGUCUACGGGGUAAGGUAUGUAAGAACAGUCUUGGAUCUACAGAGUAAGUUAUAUAAGAACACUCUGGAGUCUACAUGGGUUAGUUAUAUAAGAACACUCUGGAGUCUACAUGGGUUAGUUAUAUAAGAACAUACUAGGUCUACAGGGGGUAAAUAAUACAAGAACACUAGGGUCUACAGGGGUUAGUUAUGUAAGAACACUAGGGUCUACAGGGGUAAGUUAUAUAAGAACACUCUAGGGUCUACAUGGGUUAGUUAUAUAAGAACACUCUAGCGUCUACAGGGGUAAGUUGUGUAAGAGCACUCUAGGGUCUACAGGGGGUAAAUAAUACAAGAACACUAGGGUCUACAGGGGUUAGUUAUGUAAGAACACUAGGGUCUACAGGGGUAAGUUAUAUAAGAACACUCUAGGGUCUACAUGGGUUAGUUAUAUAAGAACACUCUAGCGUCUACAGGGGUAAGUUGUGUAAGAGCACUCUAGGGUCUACAGGGGCUAGUUAUGUAAGAACACUAGGGUCUACAUGGGGUAAGGUAUGGUAAGGACAAAUUACGUAUACUUAAAUUACAUAAUUAUUUGUAAGAAUUAACAUCUAUAUGUAGAAGUGUACAAGCAUAUAUUUAAGUAGUAUAUCUAUUUGACGUAUCUUGAUUAGCUUGCAUAAUAAAUUCCUACCUGUUUGAUAGGAUGUGUAAAUAUGUAAUUUAUACUUAUAUGUUCACAUUAUAAAUGUAUAUAUACAUAUAUUAAUAUAGUAUUGCAUAUAAAUGUCCAUUUAGAUUACAAGAAAAAUAUGUCAAAAUAAUACCGUCAAUGUGAGAGUUGUGCUGUAAAGCUUUUAUACAUUACCGGUAUGCAUAGUCAAAUCUGUUCUGUGUGACCACCCUCGUAAUGUGACAUCUGGGCCCGUAUGCAUGAAAACAUACUCAUAUUCGUAUUUUUUUCAGUGAUUUACAGAAGUAUGGAGACUUCAAGUGAUAUAUAAGAAUAUUUUGAUGUGUUUUGUUGUUGUUGUUUGUAAUUUUUUCUUCUUCUUUCUUUCCUUCUUUCUUUCUUUCUUUCUUUCUUUGUGAAAGCUAGAUGUUUAUGAUGUUUGUGUCCCAAUAAAACUUACAGUAGUUCAGAUUUAGUUUGUUAAUGGAAUACUUAAUCAUAUGGAAGUAUCAUAUAUACAGACUGUUGCUGUUUUCAAAUAAAAAAUAUAUGAUCUGUUUGAUCUGUUUUCCAAAAAUAUAACUUAUGAUGUUCAUAAAACGUAAUAUCUCGUGUGUAAAUGUGGUAAAAAUAAAAACACGUAUGCUUUA